AUGGAAGAUUCCCAGAGUGAGCAUCAGCGGAUGAUACGACGCCACAACCGUGAGAAGAAAGAGCUGCAGGCCCGUAUCCAGAGCAUGAAGAACUCGGUCCCCAGGAGUGACAAGAAGAGAAGAAAGCAGAUGCUCCUAGAUGUGGCCCGCCUUGAGGCUGAGAUGGAGCAGAAGCACCAGCAAGAGCUGGAGAAGUUCCAGGAGAGUUUCCCUGGUAACCUCGAUUCUGUCACUGAAGAUCUGGCCAAGAUGGAUCUCGAGAACCAGCCUCCCCGCCCCUCGAGGGCCCAGAGAAGGCGCGAAAGAAGAGCGGCCCUCGCGAGGGAGCGUCAGGAGAGGAUCGCCGAGGCCGAGAUGGAGCAUCUGGCCAGCUUCCGCAAAGAUGAGGAAGAGAAGCUCCGCGCCAUCCUGGGGGCCAAGAAUCUGGAGAUGAAGGAUAUCCCGGCCGACGGCCACUGCAUGUACCGUGCCAUCCAAGACCAGCUGGUGUUCUCGGUGACCGUGGAGAGCCUGCGGAGACGCACCGCCGAGUACAUGCGGAAGCACGUCGACGACUUCCUGCCUUUCUUCAGCGACCCCGAAACCGGCGACUCCUACAGCCGCGACGACUUCUUGAGCUACUGCGACGACAUCGUGCUCAGCGCGUCGUGGGGAGGCCAGCUCGAGCUGAGGGCCCUGUCGCACAUCCUGCAGACCCCUAUCGAGGUGAUCCAGGCCAACUCGCCCGCCGUCGUCAUCGGAGAGGAAUACACCAAGAGGCCGCUCAUUCUGGUCUAUAUGCGAUACGCCUGCAGCCUCGGGGAGCACUACAACUCCGUGAAGCCGCUCGAGGCUGGAGCCGUCGGGGGCGCUCCACCGCGUCUCUUCUAG